CAAUCCUUUCUUCCUGUCAUCAUGAACGACCAAGCCUCUCACCAUUCUGAGUCAAAGGAUGACCACGUAGACCGUGAAGCAGAAUCGAUCGUUGAUUCUGAUCAGUUGCAAUUGCAAAAUCUAGGUUACAAGCCGCAACUUCAUCGAACCUGGCACUUGAUCGAAAAUUUCGCGGCGAGUUUCUGCGCACUCAAUUUCAUCGGUGGAGCUAGGACCUCUCUGUUUCUUGGUUUACUAGCAGGCGGGCCAGCAGCUGUAUGGUCUUCCUAUGUCAUCACUAUCAUCUUCAUGAUGAUGACGGCCGGGGUCCUCGCCGAAAUAUGUUCAGCUCUACCCCUUAGCGGUUCCAUUUAUAUUUGGGCGGCGGAAAGUGCUGGACCAAAGUAUGCCAGAUUCUUUGGUUUCAUCGUCGCUUGGUGGACCUGCACGGCUUGGAUGACAUUCACUGCGGGUAAUUGCCAAACAACGGCCAACUAUAUUGUCUCUCAGUUGGCGGUGUGGGAGAUUGAUUUCCCAGGAGGAACGACCAACGAUAAUGUCAAGUGGCGUGCGCUCAUCUGGGCCAUUUCAGAAGGAUUGCUCGUCGUCUCCAUCGCAAUCAAUUAUCUGCCUACUAGGCUGUACUCUUUCGUCUUCAAAUUUACGAUGGGAUUGAUGAUUCUCGAUUUCUUCUUGUGCAUUAUCUGGCUACCCAUCGGAGUUUCGAAGACAUACGGGUUGAGGUCUGCGAAGGAGGUCUUCACCAUGACUUAUAACGGUACCGGCGCUCCGCCUGCAUGGAACUGGAUCCUCUCAUUCUUGUUCACUGCUGGUUCCAUGACUGGAUUUGAUGCGUCUGGCCAUAUUGCCGAAGAAACUAAAAAUGCAAGUAUCGUCGCGAGUAAAGGAAUCUUGAGUAGCGCACUUGCCACUGGCGUAUUGGGAUUUGCCGCGACCAUACUGUUCCUCUUCUGCACCCCAGAUUUGGAUACUUUGUUUUCACUCGGUGCUCCACAACCGUUCGUUCAAUUGUACGCCCUUGCUCUAGGGAAAGGGCCUAGCGUUUUCAUGACUAUUCUCGCGAUUCUGGGUUUGAUUUUGAGCACCAGCAUUGCUGUAGUCGCGGCAUCUCGUUUGAUAUUCGCAGUUGCUCGAGACGGUGUUCUUCCGUUGUCAUCGUGGAUUGGCCAAGUAAACGCGGACGGACAACCCAGAAAUGCUGUCACGGUCAUGUACAUUUUCGGCGCGUGCCUGCUCUGCACUAUUCUCCCUAGCCAGGUCGCAUUCACCUCCCUUGUGUCCGCCGGGGGUGUUCCAACUAUUGCUGCAUAUGGCUUGAUAUCCCUAUUACGUCUCACCAUGACUCCCAAUCAUUUCCAGUCAUCUCAUUUUCGGCUGGGGCGUUUUGCCAAACCAAUCUAUUUGAUCUGUUCUUUAUGGAACGGACUUGUGGUCGCCGUCAUGAUCUCGCCCUUUUUCUUCCCGGUCACAGCAGAAACCUUCAACUUUGCCUGUGUUAUUUUCGGUGCUGUCACUCUGUUCGGUAUCCUGAGCUGGUACUUCACCCCCGAGGAGAAAUGGUUGCGCCGCGAGGUCAUCCUCCAAGGUCUUAGAAAUACUGAGGGUAGCAACAGGGUUGAAUGACACAGCAGAGGUCAUCUUGGGUCCAAGCCAUGAAGGCUG